AUGGAACUAAUAAAUCUUCCUCCUAAUGAUUCAGUAAAAACAACUGCAGAAGAAUCAUCAAGUGAUAAUCAAGUUUCAGUCGCAUACGAGUUAAUAAAAGAUCAAAUAUUUAACGUUGGUCCACGUUAUACAAGUGUAAAAUAUAUUGGUGAAGGUGCGUAUGGUAUGGUUGUAUCAGGUUAUGAUAAUGAAACAUGCAAACGAGUUGCAAUAAAAAAGCUAUCGCCGUUUGAUCAUCAAUGUUUUUGUCAACGAACAUUACGUGAAAUAAAAAUUUUAGCAAGAUUCAAACAUGAAAAUAUAAUCAGUAUCCAAAAUAUUUUACAUGCAAAUGUAUUUGAACAAAUCAAAGAUAUUUAUUUAGUACAACCACUAAUGGAAUGUGAUAUGUGCAAAUUGCUUAAAUAUCAAAAAUUAAGUCCAGAACAUGUUUGUUAUUUACUCUACCAAAUUUUACGUGGACUAAAAUAUAUUCAUUCAGCAAAUGUACUUCAUCGUGAUCUUAAACCAUCAAAUUUAUUAUUAAAUACAAAUUGUGAUUUAAAAAUAUGUGACUUUGGUUUAGCUCGAGUUGCAGAUCCAUCAUAUGAUCACAAUGGCGUACUUACUGAAUAUGUUGCAACAAGAUGGUAUCGAGCACCGGAAAUAAUGCUUAAUGCUCGCGUGUAUAAUAAACCAAUCGAUCUAUGGUCUGUUGGAUGCAUUCUCGCCGAAAUGUUUGAUGGAAAACCAUUAUUUCCCGGUAAACAUUAUAUUGAUCAACUGAAUUUAAUUCUUAAUGUUGUUGGGUCUCCCGAUGAACAUGACUUAGCUUCGAUUGUGAAUGAAAAAGCACGAAAUUAUAUAUCGUGUUUAAAGCCCCGUGUAAAACAACCUUUCAUCAAAAUUUAUCCUGAUGCAGAUAAAAAUGCUUUAGAUUUACUUGAUCUUCUAUUAACUUUUGAUCCGAAUAAACGUAUUGAUGUGAACGAUGCACUGGCUCAUCCAUAUUUAAAACCGCAUCAUGAUCCAGAUGAUGAACCUAUUGCUAAACAUCCAUUUACUGUUGAAAUGGAAAUGGAUGAUUAUCCAAUUUCUGAAUUAAAGCAAUUGAUAUGGUAUGAAGCGACAUUAAUAAAAAAGCAUAUUUCAUUAGAAAAAAUGCCUAUUAUACCAUAA